UUUUCCUUCCAAUUCUCUCAUGGAUUCCUCAUCCUCUUCUUCAUCUUCUCUGAUGGUUUCUUUCCCUUUCGCACUAACCAUCAAAAACCUGCUACCUUCCAAUGAAAACAGUCAAGAAUUCUGUUACUUGCAAAACGGUGGAGGCUUAGGAGUGGCGGCUUUAAUGGAGAAUGCUGAUUCUUUUCUUGAUACAUUGCCUUCUGACCCCACCUUUCUUUCUGCUAUCUUUGCCUUGUUUGUCACGCAAUCAACCAAAGUUUUCUUGAAUUUCUUUGAGAAGGGGCAAUGGAAUUUCAGACUCAUGUUUGCUUCUCAAGGAAUACCUUCUACUCGCUCCACCCUAUGCUCUGCUAUCACCACUUCUCUUGCUCUCUCGCACGGUGUUGCUGAUUCAUUCUUUCCUGUUUCUUUGGGAUUCACUCUCAUUGUCAUGUGUGAUUCUGUUUUUGCUAAGAGACAUGUUGACCACCAAGCUAGGGUGAUUAAUACGGUUCUUGAUCAUGUUUCUGGUGGAGGGACUCCAGUUCCUGAAGAGAGGCUAACAGAAAAUGCUGGUAACACCCUUCCUCAAGUCUUGACUGGUGCACUGCUUGGUUCUACAGUUGCCGUUUUAUGCUUCAUGUUUCUGCGCCGUUAGGUGCUUACUAUGAUUGUGGCUGACAUGUUUCAAGGCCAUCCAAUUGGUGAAACAAAGCUAUAGGAACAUCUUGCUCACAUUUGUUGGUGCUCCGCUUGGUUGUAUACUAGCCAUUUUAUUCUGUUUAGGUUUCAUGCUUCUGCAUUAGGUGAUUCUGUUUUGAUCAAACUGUAUAUUGAUUGAUAGCAACUCAAUAAGUGCUCUAUUUUCUAGACCAAAUUCUUCCCUGCAUGAG